AUGGCUCCCACUUUGGUUUCUCGGACGCUGCACAAGGACGACGCAAACUACAAGUUGCAUUUCCGGAUGAUAAACGAGCAACAAGUGGAGGAUAUCUGCCUGGACUUCUUCUAUAAACCGCACACCAUCACACUACUGACACUUACCGUGCUAAGUUUGAUGUACUUUGUAUUUACCAGGGAUGAUACAUCUCCGGACAACAACCUCAGAGUGGGUUUUUUGGUGGUUGUCUCCUUUUUCCUGGUCAUCAGUGUCCUUGCUUUCCCUAAUGGUCCUUUUACCAGGCCACACCCUGCAGUAUGGCGUAUGGUAUUUGGUCUGAGUGUUGUCUACUUCCUGUUUCUUGUCUUCCUCAUCUUCCUCAACUGGGACCAAGUGAAGACCCUUAUGUACUGGCUGGACCCCGACUUGCGUUAUGCCACACGGGAAGCUGAUGUCAUGGAGUAUGCAGUGAACUGUACAGUAAUCACAUGGGAGCGCAUCAUGAGCCACUUUGACAUCUUUGCAUUCGGCCACUUUGCUGGCUGGGCCAUGAAGGCCCUGCUCAUUCGGAGCUAUGGCCUCUGCUGGACCAUCAGCAUAACUUGGGAACUCACUGAGCUGUUUUUCAUGCAUCUUCUGCCCAACUUUGCUGAGUGCUGGUGGGACCAGGUGAUACUGGACAUCCUGCUUUGUAAUGGAGGAGGCAUCUGGCUGGGCAUGACUGUCUGCCACUUCCUGGAGAUGAGGACCUACCGCUGGGCCAGCAUCAAGGACAUCCACAGCACCACAGGGAAGAUAAAGCGGGCUGUUCUUCAGUUCACUCCGGCCAGCUGGACUUUUGUGCGCUGGUUUGACCCAAAGUCCUCCUUCCAAAGGCUUGCGGGUAUCUACCUCUUCAUGAUCCUGUGGCAGUUGACAGAGUUGAACACCUUCUUCCUCAAGCACAUCUUCGUCUUCCAGGCCUCUCACCCUCUCAGCUGGUGUCGUAUCCUCCUCGUUGGAGUCAUCACAGCUCCCACCGUGCGACAAUACUAUGCGUACCUGACAGAUACACAGUGCAAACGUGUUGGGACACAGUGUUGGGUGUUUGGAGCCAUUGCUUUCCUUGAGGCUCUUGCCUGCAUCAAAUUUGGGCAGGACCUGUUCUCCAAAACACAAAUCCGCUCUGUGCUCCUGUGGCUGCUAUGUUUGGCCCUCAUCACACUCUUCUGUUUAUAUGGGAUGGUGUGGUAUGAACAGAAGAAAAUGAAGAGUGUCUUUGCGCAAAGUCAGGAUUGGGAUGAAAGCGGAGCCGUUGACCCGUGUGGUUUCAUCCAGGAUGGUGCUACAGGUGAGAGGGAUUCUGGGAGUAAAACACAGCCUAUUAAACGAAGGAGAACCUCGGGGAAGAACAGAUUCAUGAAUGGACAUGGAGGAAAGAGAACGUAAGCAAGAGGCCAUACAUCGCUGAAAGACACAUCCACCGUGGAGGGAUGAAGAUUAAAGAUGUGCUUUUGUGAGAGCCACAAUAAGAGGGAAUAUGCACCUUAACAUUCUUAGAAUGGUGAGCAACGACCAAUGUCAAGGUAAAUGGGAGAAUAUGCACUGGAUUUGAAAGCAGCAGGCAGGCUUACUUGUUGUUUUGGAAAACAAUCCUUUUUUUGGGGAUCAUUGGACCAGGUGCAUCAAGCUGUCCUGACACAUCCCACCAUGCAAUGCACAUCCAGCAUUUUCAUGCUAGCAAUAGCGAGUGUUGAUGUUCAGAUGCUAUGCAGUGUGGAAAACUUAAUUACAUUAAAUCAACACUGUGACGUCUUCCUCCACCUUGUCCAUUUCACUACCCCGUUCCACAACUUUUUUUUUUUGUGUGCCAUAGGCACUUAGAUGCUAUGUGGUCACCUUUUACUGGUUUGGCUUUUUUUUUUUUUGUAGGGUGUGCCUUAAGGUUUUAUAGCUUUUCUAGAAAAAAAAAAGAUUACUAGAAUUAAUAGUUGUUUUUUUUCAGUGAUUAUGUACAAUAUAUCUAAGGACUGGUAAUUUAUUUAUGACUUUGCUGGUUGGUUCAAUUACAACUCAGUAUCAGGAAGAUUGUAGCUUUAUGCAUUGAAAAUGAAAGAGCCAACCAACCAGUAGUAAACUGUAACCUUUAUAUGAUGUGGGUUUUUUUUCUCCUUUGUAUUGUUAUGAACAUGACUAAUGCAAGUGUUGAUCAAGUCAAGAUGUGUAUAUGACUUUGACAAUCAUUCUUCUGUGUGAUGGAGUGGGUGAGAGAUGUUAAGGGUAGGGUAUGUAGGAAACUGACAUUCAACACAACAGCACUGUAGACACAAUCACUAAGGAUCAUGGAUCAGGUUGAGGCAAUGAAUUUCAAAAGCAGUUCAGAUCAUUAUUUCCAUCUUGAGAAUCCUCAAUUCCAUUUAAAAAGUUUUAUAAGCUUGUCAUAAUAUUUUGUUCAUAAAUUCUUGCUCUUACAUUAUUUAUAUUACCUAUAUCAGGUGGGUUUCUAUUUAGUAAGGUGGGGGCAUUGUGGUGGUAGUUUCACAAAAUACUAGCAGCUUAAAUUUACUGUAACUUUUAUCUAAUGAUGGCUGAAAUUAAAUUGGCUCAAGCAGUAUUCCAUACAUCAAUAGGCUAGUUCAAAGCUUUGAGUAUGUGAAAUAUUUAGUGUCUAAGUACACUGUACUUAUUCUGCAAGGUUUUAAACACAUACUUUCUAGCCUCUGAUGUUUUGUAGCACUACACAAUUGAUUUUAUAUGUUGAGUAUGUUUGUUUUUGUCCAUAUUUAAGUUGGAUUUUUGUCCAUAAUUUAAAAUGGCAAACUAUAUAUAUAACUGUUUUUCAUCUGUUUUCUCGUUACCUCAUCUACUGUGAUGUUUGUCAGUAAUUAACAGCAAUCAAGCAUUAAAACUCUGUGAUCCAC